AUGAAUUCCCAAACAAACGAUAAUAUCAAUUGCAAUCCCGAGCAAGGCGCCCAGGUUAUGGUUAAUCAAAAUGGUCGGUUAUCGAUAACAAUUGAACUGCAGAUCAACCGACAACGCGUACCUACCUCCAACCGGCGUAGAUAUCCGAAUAAAAAUCUUAGGUCAGGUUCUGAAUGCGGCGACCCGGACGCAGAAGGCUUUACCUCGGCGCCGCCUCAGACAGCUCCUAGCCCUCAGCAGCCAAUACGAGUUCCUGUUCCUCAACAGCCAAACCCAGUCGAGCCACACGCUCCUGUUCCUCAACAGCCGAACAAGGCGAAACGCCGAGGUCCUGAUCCUCUAUAUCCGAGCCAAGCGAAGCGGCAGGCCACUGGUCCUCGGACCGUCACAAGCCAAAAUCUUGCUCCGGGGCGAGCGGCAAGCUCCCGAGAUGCGCCCGGAUACCAACCCAAUCUCCGAUACGAGCUUAAGAUGAGAAACGCCAGGAACAGUUUGCUUGCAGGUCCGACUCCCGAUCAUCGCCCGGCACCAGCCGACGCCUAUCGCCGUCCCGUCGCAUCACAUACACGGAACAAUUCGGCAUAUGAGCGCUUGAUGUCCAGGCUAUCGCUGUCACCGACUCCUUCCCGUAACCAGGAACACGACGAUGGACGUGACGAUGGAAGAUACGAUGAUGAACACGUCGGUGAUCAGUGCCGCGAUGAGCAACACGGCGAUAACGAAGCCGUAGGCGAAGGCGAAGAGGCCAAUCAAACUACCUCCCAAGGCGCACAGCCGGGCGAUGCGCCACAGAGGGAGAGACCCACUCGGACCAGGAGGCGCGGGCGACGCAGGAGAAGAAAUUCCGGGCCCGACCAGCAAGACUGGCAGGGAGACCGGUCCAGCCCUCGCAGAGAGGCGAACAGAUCUAGAUCGAGACCUCGCUCCCGCAGUCCCGACAGACGGCCCCGCGACAGUCGCGAUUACCGCGAUCGCCGCUGA